AUGCGAACACUCUCUCACUCACACACACACUGGACUCACUCCUCUUGGAAGGAUGUGAGGAGGCAAAGACAACACACCUCAUGCUCUCUCCUGUCACGCUGCAUUCCAGCCUUCUGCUGUCCUGCCGGGCUCAGCUUUCUGCCUGCUACCGGGAUAGAAGAAGACGUGGAAGUUCCCAAGAAGCUUCUGCAUGAAACCCAGCCAAAACCAACCAACUACCAAGGAAUUCAGCAACCACAUUUUCCACAGCAGCCAAGAGCGUAUGAUCCUAAUGUUAUAGGGGACGGCGUGUUCUUUCCUGAGGUCUCGCCGUCCAUUCUAGAGCGCGUUCUGCCAGAGAAGAAGAAAGGGAGGUCGGCUACCUUUUACCCGCUAGACAACACCCCCUUGCUGCUUCCCGUGGAUGAGACACAGCGGCCAGUGGAUAACAGCAGCAUGGAGCCCGUGGGCGUUAGCACAGAGAUGGCUUUGCUCAGCAACAUCCUAGCAGCGUAUUCCUUUAUCACAGAAAAUCCUGAGCGUGCCGCUCUGUAUUUCGUCUCUGGGGUAUGCAUCGGACUCAUCUUGACCCUGUUGGCCUUGGUGCUGAAGGUGUCCUGCCGAACUGACUGCAAGCAAUCCCCGGGGAAAAAGCCACCUCGGGAGCCGGAGAGCGACAGCGACAGCAGUGACAGUGAGGAUGAUUCGGACACCACUUCGGACCUGUCGGCCCGCAGGCACCGCAGGUUCGAAAGGACUUUGAACAUGAACGUCUUCACCUCGGCCGAGGAGCUGGAGAGGGCUCAGAGGCUGGAAGAGCGAGAGCGCAUCAUCCGGGAGAUAUGGAUGAAUGGGCAGCCGGACAUUCCGGGGACCAGAAGCCUGAACCGCUACUACUAAGUGUUGGGAAAUCCCACAGGCCGGUACUGCAGCCUAGGUCUUCCCGGGCCUGCUAAAGAGGAGAGAGAGGAAAGGAGUGUUACAUUGGAGUCUCCCCUUUUCCUUUCAGAAGGGCUAACUGGAGCAGCGUGGAUGGACAGCAAUAAAGCUUUCACCUUCCCCUUUUCCCUGACAUAUUGCUACCGACACCAGGAAAUCACCCCCCAGUAUUUUCUCUCUCUGGAAUCAGUCUGGUUACAGCAGAGGUGGAUGCCAGCUUCUCUUCUUGGUGUAGUUCAACGGUGGGUGGAAGGCAUGCAAGUAAAGCCCUCCCCCAGCUCUUGGAAGUUGAACAUGCUACGGUACAAACGCUGCUCUCAUGCUUGCCAGGGAAACCAUCAGUGUUCUGCUUUCCCCAAAGAUUUCAGGAGAAUCGAAAGCAAACUGAGACUGUGUGUCCACCAAAGGAAAGAUAACAUGGGGAGGGAGGCACAAGCGCAUGAUGAAUGACUGUCUUGUGACUUUAUAAGAUGUGGGGAUUCUUAUGCCAUGAAAUCAUCUUGGUGCUUGGACGUUCAACAGUGUGUCCUGUUAUUUAAGAUGGUGUUUUAAUCUGCUUCUCAGUGGCAGCAUUUUUUUACUGACACCUCAGGGAUAAAAUCCUUUUUUAAAAAGAUGUUUCCCCUUCUUCUUCCCCACAAACCAACCUGCUCCCACCUAUAAUUAUGGUAUUAUAGGAGAUGUGUCAGUGAUCAGUGAAAUGUUAAACAGCCUCAAAGAGGUUGAAAGGGGUUUUGUUUGUUUUGAAUUGAUAUAUAUAUAUAUAUAUUUGAAGAGGCUGCACAGCAAUGUGCCUUAUUCUUUUUUAUUGUUAAACUACAGUUUUCCAUGGAUAGUGAUGCACAAUGUUUUAUAUAUUUUAUUAAAAAAAUAAAAGAAAAGGUUUGUAUUUACAAGAGAAAAAUGGGGAUGAAAUGGGUCAAAUACGCCAGGAGGAUGGGAAAUAAAUGCGAAAUAAACU